CAUUAUGGGCUUUCUGAGGUUCUCCCCUCUUCUGGCCCUCAGCAUCUUGCUCCUGUACCAGGCAUGCAGCCUCCACGCAGUGCCUUUCAGGUCAACCUUGGCAAGCAGCCCAGGCAUGGCCACUCUGAGUGAAGAGGAGGCUCGCCUGCUGGCUGCACUGGUUCAGGAUUAUGUGCAGAUGAAAGCCAGGGAGCUGGAGCAGGAGGAGGAACAGGAGGCUGAGGGCUCCAGCUUGGACAGCCCCAGAUCUAAGCGGUGUGGGAAUCUGAGUACCUGCAUGCUGGGCACGUACACACAAGACCUCAACAAGUUUCACACUUUCCCCCAAACUGCAAUUGGGGUUGGAGCACCUGGCAAGAAAAGGGAUAUGGCCAAGAACUUGGAGACAAGCCGCCACGCCCUUUUUGGCAACUAA